AUGGAUACCUUGCCUUCGUACUCUCAUCUUAGCGGGUCAGCCGCAAUCGCGGGUAUCCUGACUCAUCUCCUGUACUUCAUUCGAGGAGAACAUCAUGUCCAUGCCCCGAGAAUCGUCCAAUUUUACACCCUCUCGGCAAUUGUUCUCGCUGGAUUCACGUACAGAACAGCGGGAUAUGAUAUACUGACAAGCCUCAUUGCCACCGGCAUUAUCAUAGGGUCAUAUUUUGCCGGGUUAUUGGGCAGCUUAUUCACGUACAGAGCAUUCUUCCACCGUCUAAGGAAAUUCAGCGGGCCAUUCCGAGCGCGAGUGUCGAAUCUGUAUCAUGCAUCGCUCUUGAAGAACUCAGACAAUUACCGCGUCAUCACUGAGAUGCACGAGAAAUAUGGACCUGUGGUUCGUACCGGCCCAGCAAAUCUUUCUGUCAAUAUUCCCGAAGCGGUUCAGAUAGUCCUCGGAUCUGACUCGAAGUGCUCGAAGACUGCUUGGUAUGACGCCUCGCUCCCACUGGUUAACUUACACACGGCCCGCGAUAAGAAGAUCCACGAGCGUCGGCGCAAAGUCUUUUCAAAAGCCUUCUCUCCCAAGGCUCUCGUCGAGUAUGAGUCGCGAGUCUCAAUACAUUCAGAGCUGUUCUGCCGUGCCAUUGCAGAGAUGAAAGGCCAACCUUUCGAUGCGACCCGCUGGUUCAAAUAUUUUGCGUUUGAUGUCAUGGGAGAGGUUGGCCUGAGCGAGAGCUUCCGAAUGCUCACCGAGGAAACCAAUCGUUGGAUCCCAGACCUGUUAGAGGAUGGCAUGUCUGAUAUUGCCCAAUUACAGCCGAUCCCCUGGGCAACGAUUCUGCUCCAUCGCCUUCCGCUGAUCGCACAUGGACCCAAGAGGUUCUUGGAGUUUGUAACGGAUCAAGCUAAGAGGCGGGCGCAGAGAUCCGAUGUCAAACCUGAUGUGCUUUCCUACCUUGUCGAGGCGUACGAGCAAAGCGAGAAGAAAGAUAUAGACUUCCAGUGGUACCGAGGAGAUACGCGUCUCGUGAUCGUUGGCGGUUCAGAUACAACGGCGGCCACCUUGACGUAUAUCUUCUACCACCUGGCCACCGAUCCUUCCCAAAUCACCAAGCUUCGGGCUGAACUUAAACCACUGCUGCAAGGAAGAUCUGAGCUUGAUCCCAAGGACGUCACUGCGGCAAAGCAUCUGAAUGGUGUCAUUCAUGAGGCUCUGAGACUGCAUCCACCAAUCCCUUCAGGUUUUCCCCGCUUGACACCGCCGGAAGGCAUCACCAUCAAUGGCACAUAUAUUCCAGGGAACACCACUGUUGUCCUUCCAUUGUGGACAAUGUCACGCUCCGAAGAAUGCUAUCCUCGAGCAAAUGAGUUCAUCCCCGAGCGCUGGUACUCUCAGCCAGAGUUGAUUAAACACAAUGUUUUUGCGCCUUUUGGCCUAGGGCCAUACGGCUGCAUUGGAAAGCACCUUGCUAUGAUGGAAAUUCGCAACAUGAUCGUCCACAUUCUCAACAGCUUCGACGUUAUCGAGCUUGCUCCCGGGGAAGACGGGUAUCGUUUGUUAAACGAAUCCAAAGACCAUUUUACCAUCGGUCUUCAGCCGUUGAUGAUGGUCUUCGAUAAGAAAGAUUGGGCCAAGGACCGCACAGAUCUUAGCUAG